CUCUUGAGUCAUCACCAUGUCUCUUCAAUACCUGGCAAGCAAGCUUUCCUUCAAUCUGCUGGCCCUUCUGCCCGUUGGACUUGCCAUCUAUACAUUCGGCCUUGCAGUCUACCGCAUCUGGUUCCAUCCUCUCGCGAAGUAUCCUGGACCACUUCUCGCGAAGAUUACCGACCUCCACAGCACAUAUCAUGCCCUCAACGGCGACCGACAUCUGGAGUUCUGGCGAAACCAUGAACAAUAUGGACCAGUCUAUCGAUUUGGCCCGAAUUCCGUUUCUUUCAACUCGAACACAGCAUUGAAGGAGAUUUACGGCUUUAAGGCCAAUGUCCAGAAGGCCGAAUUCUACCAGGCGUUCUGGGCAUCGAAGGACGCAUUUUCCACGCACUCUUCAAUCGACAAGGCUGUCCACGCCAGGAAGCGACGAGUGUUGAGCCAAGCUUUCUCCGACGGAGCGAUAAAGUCCAUGGAGAAUCACAUCCUCGCCCACAUUCGACAAUUCUGCGCAAACCUCGCUGGAAACGCCGAAUCCUCCACGCAUCCGCGGUAUUCCGAUUCUGUGGCUUCCACCAAGGCUUUCGGACCAACCGUUGAUAUCACCGACCAAUCCAAUUACCUCGCUUUUGACAUCAUGGGCGACCUCUGCUUCGGCAAAUCUUUCAACAUGCUUACGCAUCCUGACAACCGCUUUCCGAUCGAUCUGAUCGCGUCCGCUUCUCACCGACAUCUCAUUUGCGGCACAUAUCUACCCAUCCACACGUACCACCUGGACAAGCUCCUCUUCCGCAAGAUUGCAGCCGGUCGAGCCAGGUACAUGCAGUACUCCAAAGCGCAAGCCGGUGAGCGAAUGAAGAUGGGCAUGGACGUCCAUCGUAAGGACUUCUUCUACCAUCUGUUGAGCGCCAAGGAUCCCGAGACCGGGAGAGGAUUUGCUCCGGCAGAGUUGUGGGGAGAGAGCAACCUGCUCAUCAUCGCUGGCAGCGACACGACUUCCACGGCGAUUGCAGCUACCAUCUUCUACCUCGUUCACAAUGCCGAGAAGCUUGCGAGGCUCACCUCUGAGAUCCGCGCCGCCUUUGACGAUGUCGAAGAGAUCCGCUUCGGCCAGAAACUCUCUUCUCUUCCUUACGUCCGCGCUUGCAUCGACGAAGCAAUGCGCCUUUCACCUUCCGUCGGCGGUCUUCUACCGCGAGAAGUCCUCACCGGAGGAAUUGAGAUCGAUGGCGAGCAGAUCCCAGCUGGCACAGUGGUUGGCGUGCCAUCAUACACCGUGCAGCACAACGAGGCCUAUUUUCCCUCACCAUGGGAAUUCCGACCAGAGAGAUGGGUCGCUGGAUCCGAGAAAGGCGUUACCAUCGACUCGGUCGCGAGGGCCCAGAGCGCCUUCAUUCCGUUCAGCGUCGGUCCAAGAGGUUGCAUCGGAAAGGGAAUGGCGUACGCAGAAAUGACUACGACGAUUGCGAGAAUGGUGUGGCUUUACGAUUUGCGCUUGACGCCGGGAACAUCCGUCGAUUUGCCCCUCGCGAGCAAGGCCCGCGCCGCCACAGCGCAGACAAAGUCUGGGCACUGUUUCUGA